AUGGGUGUAUUUAGCGAAAAGGGAGAUGGUCUCAUGGCGCGGAUCGGUCACGGAGUGCAAGUUGGCUUGUCAUGGGUGCACGAACGGGAUGGACGAGUACCGUCAAACGCGAUUGACGCUGGCUGCGGCGUAUACAUUGGUCGAAUGAACCAAAAUGGCGAUCUACUCCCCGGCAAGGUCGUGCCUCGUCUCAACCAGGCUUAUUGCGCUUUUGGAGGGCGCGAACACUCACACCAUUCGUAUGAGGUGCUCUGCGACACCGCCGCUCACCGCACCAAUAAAUGCUGGGAGAACGCGAACAAUGGUCAUGUCCCGAAAAACGCCAUUGUGGCCGGCUUGGCGUCAGAUGGCUCACCACUGUAUGUUGCCCGUGCCCACAUAAAUGGAGAGCGAGUCGUUGGAAAGAUACACGGAGGACAUCACUGUGGAUAUUUCCCAUACGGAGGAGAAGAACAUAGUCUACACAGCUACGAAGUCCUUGUCUGGCGGGAAUUUUGAACCAUGCGGACGAGAAAUUUUGUUUUAUGUUUGAAAACGUGAUGUAUUUGCUACAUAUUUUUACAUCUCACUUUCCUUACUGCUCGAUUUUUGCCCGACAGAAUUGGAAGGCACCCGUUCGGACUAGGUCGAUUUUAUGCGAGCUGCUUAAGGGACUGAUUUGCACUUUAAGUGCACUUCUUUGAAGGUUCAAAGUUCGGAAACCGUCUAUUAGUGCACCACUG